UUUCAGUCUGAAAUGGCAGAAAAAGCAACAUGUAUGCCUACAAAAGUGCCGAAGGAUGAAGACACAAAAGAAGAGAAUAUCCGUUGCCUAACUACACUUGGCCAUUUUGGUUUUGAAUGUUUGCCCUACCAGUUGGUGAACAGAGCUAUCCACCAAGGAUUCUCUUUUAAUAUUCUCUGUGUGGGGGAGACUGGAAUUGGAAAAUCGACACUGAUUGAAACACUAUUUAAUACGAAUUUAAGAGAUAGCAAAUCUUCACAUUUUUACCCAAAUGUUGGACUUAAAGUUCAGACACAUGAGCUGCGAGAGAGCAAUGUUCAACUGAAAUUGACUGUUGUGAAAACAGUCGGAUACGGUGAUCAAAUAAACAAAGAAAACAGCUACCAACCAAUUGUUGACUACCUAGAUGCUCAAUUUGAGGCUUAUCUUCAAGAAGAACUGAAGAUUAAACGUUCCUUCUUUGAGUACCACGAUUCUCGAGUCCAUGCGUGCCUCUACUUCAUUUCACCUACAGGGCAUUCUCUCAAGUCCAUUGACAUAAUCACAAUGAAGAGCAUUGACAGCAAGGUGAACAUUAUACCAUUGAUUGCCAAAGCAGAUACGAUUUCUAAGAAUGAUUUACCGAAGUUUAAGAGCAAGAUAAUGAGUGAGUUGAGGAGUAAUGGCAUUCAGAUAUAUCGUUUCCCAUCAGAUGAGGAAAUUACUGGUCAAACGAACUCCUCAAUGAAUGCACUAUUACCUUUUGCUGUGGUAGGUAGCACGGAAGAGGUAAAAGUUGGAAAAAGAAUGGUCAGAGGCCGUGACUAUCCCUGGGGAGUUUUGCAAGUGGAAAAUGAAAAUCACUGUGACUUUGUUAAGCUCCGAGACAUGCUCCUUUGUUCCAAUAUGGAAGACCUGAAAGAACAAACCCACACUCAGCAUUAUGAAUGUUUUAGGUACUUCAAACUGCAGUCGAUGGGUUUCAGCGAUUUGGGUCCAGACAACCAGCCAAUUAGCUUUCAGGAGACCUGUGAAGCCAAAAGGCAAGAAUUCUAUCAUCAAUACCAUAGAGAAGAAGAACAGUUGAAACAAAGGUUUAUGGAACGAGUAAGGGAGAAGGAAGCAGCAUUUAAAGAAGCUGAGAAAGAGUUACAGGACAAAUUUGAGAACCUUAAAAGAAUUCAGCAUGAAGAAAUGAUGAGGCUUGAGGAAGAGAAAAGACAACUGGAGGAAGACAUAAUAGAUUUUUAUAAAAUGAGAGCUACCUCUGAAACAUUACAGGCACCCAUGUGUACCAACAUAAAAAAGGACAAAGAUCGUAAGAAAUAGUCUUUUCUGGGGUGGGCAUUUGGCACAAUGUUGAAGACACC